UCCAGAAGUUUGUGUGUGUGUACGUCGGCUUGGUGAUAAGGAGAGAAACUCUCUGAAAGAGUAGACCUAACGACAGCUACCUGCAAUAUUAAAUACUUCACUUUGUCAGGGCCCAGUUGUACGACGAAAACACAUCAAGUGACAACAGAUUUCCUUAAGAUUGCCUCAAGUGUAAACACAAGAGCGGCGAUGGACGUAAACACCGAGGCCAGGCGUAUCAUGACUAUUUCCCUGGGCAAGCUGUACAGCUCUCGCUCCCAGCGCGGCGGAAUGAAGCUUCACCGGAGCCUCCUGCUCUCUCUGGUUAUGAGGACCACCCGGGACAUCUACCACACUGCCCGGCUGGCCGGCGAGAGCGAGAGCGCCGUCCACUGUGCCCAGGAACAGCCGGCGACUGUGGAGCAAAUGGAUACAAGCAACAAAGCUCAGGUCGAGACCUCCACGCCACCGCGUGCCGGGCUAGCUCUCCCCAUGGAUAGCCAGCCGUCCGAGGUCCAGAGCGAGCCUGGAUAUCCCAGCUGCGCGAUGGGCAACGAGGACAAGGAGAACCGCAACCCGGCGAGUGCUGACCGCCACUCAAGGAAGCGCCGCGGCAAGGCGGCAGCCGAGCCCGACUUCCUGCCCAGCAAGAAGGCGAGAAUGGAGAACGGAGGGGGAGAGAGCCCGGUCGUGCGGGGUGCAGGACUCAGAAACUGUAACGGGAGCAGCUGUCGAGUGGGCGAGGCGUUCACCUCCGUGCCGCUGCCCCAGGUCGUUGCUGCGUUCUGAAUCGCCGGCGCGAAUUUUUGGGGUUAGUUAAUCCCAACGUAAAGCGAUUCAUGUCUGAGCACAGACGGGCCAGGAAUUGACCUACUUCGAGGAGAGGUUUCCACGCCGAAAGGAGGAUUAUCGACCUCGACACCCGCUGGCAAAGACCGAGCCUCUAGUGUUGUGUAACGGAGGCAGCCGGGGUUGGACGGUGUCGUUCAAGAAGUGGAGUGACAGGGCGGGGGGACACGAGCGGGUCAGGGUAUCCCUGACCGCCCGCAAGCUGAGUGCGCUGGCAGACACGGGAGAUGAGUCAGACACAACUCAGCAGUUGGAGUGGCUUCAAAAAUAGCAAUUGUUCGCUGACCGCAUUGCUGCGAGAGGGUCAUUCCCUUUGCGCAAGCCGUGGACGUUGCAACUCGGGCCGAGGCGCUUCGGCAGAGCCGGUUCUCCACCAUCACCAGUAAACGGGACCAGCAAGACGACGAUUCCCAGCAGAGUUGCUGCUGAGAUGAAACUGUGUAGGCUUUGGACUUUAUUUUAAAAAGGUGCCAAACGUUGAGCGAUGCACUUGAACGGGGUGACGGUGUAUCGUGAGACCCCGAACAGUUUUGUGCAUCCGCAGGUUUAGACAGCUACAGUGCAGUUCUAUGUGCUGUUAAGUUGUAAACCCUUGUGUCAUGGUUUUAUACCAUUCCUGUGUGUCUGGAGAUGUACUGUAUUUCUAUGGUGUGUGCACAAACGUUGACUAAUUGAUGGAUUUAUUAUAUUUAAUUUAUUACGCUACUGAAUUGCAUUUCAGUGUACAAAUAAACAUUUUAUAACUUA